AUGACAUCCUCCAGGACCUCUUCGGUUGCUGAGAAGACUGCUGCUGCAGGUGUCGCAGACGUCGAGCGAGACGAUCCCGACGCAGAGUUCGGAGGACAUGAGGCGCGCAAGGUGAUGGAGCGCAAGCUCCUCCGCAAGCUUGACCUGCGGAUGUCCAUCCUGAUUGUCAUCUAUAUCUUGAACUACGUAGACCGCAAUAACGCUGGGGCAGCGCGACUCCGUGGAUUUCAGGCGGACUUGCAUCUUCAAGGUCAAGAAUUUGCGACUCUGCUUUCGAUCCUCUAUGUUGGCUAUAUCAUCAUGCAAAUACCCUCGAAUAUGUUCCUCAAUUACAUCGGCAAACCGUCGCUGUAUCUUCCAGCGUGCAUGAUGAUAUGGGGGACCAUUUCCAUCUUGACAGGUAUCACAAACGACUUCGUCGGCGCGCUGCUCACCCGCUUCUUCCUCGGCUUCGUCGAAGCAGCCUUCUUCCCGGGCUCGCUCUUCCUGAUUAGCAAGUGGUACAAGCGCAGCGAACUCGGUACGCGCACGGCGCUGCUAUACUGCGGCAACAUCAUCUCCAAUGCCUUCGGCGCGCUCAUCGCGUCGGGCAUCCUCGAUGGCAUGGACGGCAAGCUCGGGCGCGCCGCCUGGCGCUGGCUCUUCUAUAUCGAGGGCGCGCUGACGGUGUUCGUCGCGCUCUGCGCCAUGUUCAUCUUACCCGACUUCCCCGCGACAACACGCCGCUGGUGGUUGAGUGAGGAUGAGCGCCGGCUCGCCAUGCGCCGCAUGGAAGAAGACGCGGGGGUGGGCGACGAAGCCGAGACGGAGACAGGCGGGCACGCGACCGGUCUCUGGCUCGCGGUCAAGGAUUGGAAGGUGUGGUGGAUGGCGUUCGCGAUGACGGCGCAGGUCGUCGCGCUCAGCUUCAACGCGUACUUCCCGACGCUGAGCGCGACGAUGGGAUUCGACCCAACGGUCACGCUGCUCCUGUGCGCCCCGCCGUUCGUGUUCACCGCGAUCAUGGCGUUCGCCGUGUCCAGACAUUCGGACAAGACGGGCGAGCGAUUCUACCACAUCACGGUGCCCAUAUUCGGCGGCAUCGUCGGGUUCAUCAUCGCCAUAUGCACCAUGAACACCGCGGCGAGAUACGUCUCCCUGUUUCUCAUGGCACAGUCGUACGCGGGCUUCGUCGUGCUCUACACGUGGGUCAGCAACUCCUUCCCGCGGCCGCCGUCGAAGCGUGCCGUCGCGGUCGCCCUCGUCAACGCGUUCUCGCAGCUCGGAAACGUUGCUGGCUCAUACGUGUGGCCGAGCGCGUGGGGCCCGACGUACCGCAACUCGUACGCGAUCUGCAUUGCGACGGCGGGCUGCGCGAUCGUGAUGUGCUACAUAUUCAAGCUGCACCUCGCGCAUCUGAACCGGCUGCUGGACAAGGAGGAAGAGGAGAAAGGCGUGAAGGAGAAGGGAUUCCGGUACCUGAUCUGAGCCGGGUGUAUAUGUUGCUGUAUGAGUAGUGUAAAUUGCGGACACAGCGGUGUCCAUGUAAGAGCACUUUAUAUGAAGUCUGAGGGACGCGGUCUUGCUUCCUCAACGUUUCUGCGAAGGAAUAUUGCUCGUUCACUGUAACGUUGGGCAGUCA